UCGAAUACCACACCCACAAGUCGAUGUGGCCUUUCGUUUCUGAUCUUGAGCAAAACACCCCCACGUGACGUGGAGGUCCACACACUAUGGUGGAUCCCACACACUAUCAUCCCCAGUGGACUGGCUUCUCGUGAUCACUCUCUCUCUUUCACGGUUCCUUGAAUGAAUUCACCAAUAUACAACCAACCUUCUUAGAUCUGUUUCAAAAUUCUCUCUCUCUCUCGCUCUCGCUCUCGCUCUCUUUCUGUGUGUGUGUGAAACCCUAGGAAAUGGUGUACACUAUGUCUGGGAUUCGACUCCUUUCUGCGCCAUUCGUGUACAAGUCCUCUGGAUCGAGCUCUCAUGGCGACCGAAAGAAUACUAAUCCGUCGCUCUUGUUCAAGAACCACACUUCUUCCCGGAAGAUUUUUGCCGGAAAGUCUUCUGACAAUUCGGACUCCCUAUCUUCUGUAGUUGCUGCAUCUCAGAAAGUCCUAGUUCCAGGUGACCAGAGCGAGUUCCCUUCAUCCUCAACAGAGCGGUUGGAAGUUGUCGACACAGUUUCAGGAGAUCCCCAGAUAUUACAUGAUGAAGAUAAUGUAAUGAUGGAAGGUGAUAGCGACAUCGAGGAUGAUAGUAAUCAUGUACAAACAACCAGUGGUGGCAUUGUGGUUGAUGGCAUGCACGAUUCUGUUUCUUCCACUGCUGCAGGUAAAGAUGUUAAAGCUAAGGAUGUGGAUACACCUGUCCCUUCACAUCAUAUAAGCAGAGAAAAGGAUGUGGUUAGAAAAAAAUCCAUUCCUCCCCCCGGCACUGGGCAAAAGAUAUAUGAAAUAGAUCCACUUUUGAGAAGUCACCGUGAACAUCUUGAUUAUCGAUAUGCACACUACAAAAAAAUACGUGAGACAAUUGACAAGAAUGAAGGUGGUUUGGAAGUGUUUUCUCGUGGCUAUGAGAAGUUUGGUUUCACCUCCAGUGCCACAGGUGUUAUGUAUAGGGAGUGGGCGCCUGGAGCUAAGUCUGCAGCGUUGAUUGGAGAUUUCAACAAUUGGAAUCCUAAUGCUGACAUCAUGACUCGGAAUGAGUUUGGUGUCUGGGAAAUCUUUUUGCCGAACAAUGUAGAUGGUUCUCCACCAAUUCCCCAUGGUUCAAAAGUAAAGAUCCGCAUGGAUACUCCUUCUGGUAUUAAAGACUCCAUUCCUGCUUGGAUCAAGUUCUCGGUACAGGCUUCAGGAGAAAUUCCUUAUAAUGGAAUAUACUAUGAUCCACCGGAAGAGGAGAAGUAUGUAUUUAAACAUCCUCGGCCAAAGAAACCAAAGUCACUAAGGAUAUAUGAGUCACAUGUUGGAAUGAGUAGUACGGAACCAAUUUUAAAUUCAUAUGCCAACUUUAGAGAUGAUGUUCUCCCUCGCAUCAAAAAGCUUGGUUAUAAUGCUGUUCAGAUCAUGGCCAUUCAAGAGCAUUCAUAUUAUGCUAGCUUUGGGUACCAUGUCACUAAUUUCUUUGCACCAAGCAGCCGUUGUGGAACUCCUGACGAUCUCAAAUCUUUGAUAGAUAGAGCUCAUGAGCUAGGUCUGGUGGUUCUCAUGGAUAUUGUGCACAGCCAUGCAUCAAGUAAUACGUUGGAUGGACUGAACAUGUUUGAUGGAACUGAUAGCCACUACUUCCACUCUGGAUCACGGGGUUAUCACUGGAUGUGGGACUCUCGUCUUUUUAAUUAUGGCCACUGGGAAGUAAUGAGGUUUCUUCUUUCAAAUGCAAGAUGGUGGCUGGAGGAAUUUAAGUUUGAUGGGUUCAGAUUUGAUGGUGUUACUUCAAUGAUGUAUACUCACCAUGGAUUGCAGGUAGCAUUUACAGGAAACUACAAUGAGUAUUUUGGAUAUGCUACUGAUGUAGAUGCUGUGGUUUAUCUGAUGCUGGUUAAUGAUCUUAUUCAUGGGCUCUUUCCUGAAGCUAUUACUAUUGGUGAAGAUGUUAGUGGAAUGCCAACAUUUGGUAUUCCUGUUCAAGACGGUGGCAUUGGUUUUGACUAUCGCCUGCAUAUGGCCAUAGCAGAUAAAUGGAUAGAGCUUCUCAAGAAGAGAGAUGAGGAUUGGAGAGUGCGUGAUAUUGUUCACACACUUAUUAAUAGAAGGUGGUCAGAAAAGUGUGUUGCUUAUGCUGAAAGUCAUGAUCAAGCUCUUGUUGGUGACAAGACCAUUGCAUUUUGGUUGAUGGACAAGGAUAUGUAUGACUUCAUGUCUUUGGAUAUACCAUCAACUCCCUUGAUAGAUCGUGGAAUAGCAUUGCACAAAAUGAUCAGACUUAUUACUAUGGGAUUAGGUGGCGAAGGUUAUCUGAAUUUCAUGGGAAAUGAAUUCGGACAUCCUGAGUGGAUAGAUUUUCCAAGAUCAGAUCAAUAUCUUCCCAACGGCAAAUUUAUACUUGGAAAUAAUAACAGUUAUGAUAAAUGUCGGCGUAGAUUUGAUCUUGGGGACGCAGAUUAUUUACGAUAUCAUGGGAUGCAAGAAUUUGAUCAAGUGAUGCAGCAUCUUGAAGAAGCCACUGGCUUCAUGACUUCAGAGCACCAAUAUAUUUCGCGGAAGGAUGAAGGAGAUAGAAUGAUUGUCUUUGAAAGAGGGAACUUGGUUUUUGUCUUCAAUUUUCAUUGGAGUAACAGCUAUUCAGACUAUCGAGUAGGCUGCUUAAAGCCAGGAAAAUAUAAGAUAGUCUUGGAUUCAGAUGAUAAGUUGUUUGGAGGCUUCAAUAGACUCGAUCACAAUGCGGAGUACUUCACCUUCGAAGGGUGGUAUGAUGACCGGCCUCGUUCUUUCCUAGUAUAUGCACCUUCUAGAACAGCAGUGGUCUAUGCUCUGGCAGAGGAUGAACCAAAACCAGAACCUGUCAAGGGCUGAACUCAAAUUCACUGCUGCUUUUGGUGCAAGACCACCUUCAGUCUCGUUGUUGCAAUUCCGGAUUCCAAUGAAAUGAUGGGGGUGUUUUGAUCUAGUAAACGAUCAUCAGAGUUAUAUUACUAUGAGCAACAGUCGCAGCAUAACGCAGAUGGGAACUACCUACCUACAUGCAGCAGGAGAUAGAUGGGUGGAGCAGUCUUUUGUAGGCAUGUAGCAAAUUGUUAUGAUAUAGCAUCUUGUAAAUAUUCCUUUCAUCAUUUCCGAAAAUAAUCUCCAGGCGCUAUGGUUUUUGGGGAGACAAUGUGCCACACACACGAAAUGUUACAUUUGAAUCCUUGUAAAUGAUGGUGUUUCUUGUGGAAUUAGUACUUGUGCGUGAAUCCUUGCAAA